AUGGAGGCCCAGGAUCAUUCUGUCUUUCUGGGAACGGCGGCCCCCUGUGACGAAGGAUUGGAUUGGCUCGGGGUUCCGGAAGACACGGGCAUCCACGGGAAUGAAGGUCAGAUGCCGGUCGUUGCAGCCAGCAGCAUUGGCGGCGCAAGGGGGCGAGGUUUGUUCACCACUGCUAAGGGUCCCCCGGCUCCUCUUGAGCUGCUACGAGACCGCUCCCUUGGGGUGGACGGUUUCCUGGAGGACGAUGAAGCGGAGAGGCAUUGCGACGAGAAGUCACCGGAGUCAGAGUUUAUGGUUUGCGUGGUCUUUGGUGGAAAGUUCGGAUGGUUUCGUGACGAAUACACCACAGGGGAGCUGUGGGGCACCCUCCGCCCGCUGCACGAGACACUGCGCGAGUGGCUGGAAGAGGGGCGGUGCUCUCAACACAUCACCUGGGAUGAGGACGAGCAGUGUUAUGCUUUGUCUGAGCCAUACAAAUCCUACGUGGCCUGGAACGACGCCUCGAAUCUCGCAGCCAUGGCCAAUGAUGCGUUGUACGGGUGCUGCAAAGACCAGGCCGAGUACAACGUAAAAGACGCUGACCGGAACAACUUGGUGAUGGUCCCGUGUGCACGGCCUGCCGAGGAUGGCACUCGGGUCGAGUUCAAGAGUAUGUUUCUUUACCCACGGAAGUUUUGGUGCUGGGAUGCUCCCCAAGAGCUGACUUUGGGCUACGGCUUCGAGGAGCCAGAUCACGAAGAGCCAGCAGAUGCAUGA